AUGGAAACUGGAAACCAUUCCAGAGUCACUGAAUUCAUCCUGGCUGGGAUCUCAGAGCAGCCAGAGCUCCAGCUGCCCCUCUUCCUCCUCUUCCUGGGAAUCUAUGUGUUCACAGUGGUGGGGAACCUGGGCAUGAUCAUCCUGAUCGGGCUCAGUUCUCACCUGCACACUCCCAUGUACUAUCUCCUCAGCAGUCUGUCCUUCAUUGACCUCUGCCAUUCCACUGUCAUCACCCCCAGAAUGCUGAUCAGCUUUGUGUCAAAGAAGAAUGUCAUCUCCUACCCCGAGUGCAUGACACAACUCUACUUCUUCUUGGUUUUUGCUAUCUCAGAGUGUCACAUGUUGGCUGCAAUGGCAUAUGACCGCUAUGUUGCCAUCUGUAGCCCCUUGCUUUACAGCAUCACCAUGUCUCAGCAGGCUUGCAUUUCCCUGAUUUCAGCGGUGUAUGCAAUAGCUGUGGUUUUUGCAUCCGUUCACACAGGCUGCUUGGUCAGAGUUCACUUCUGCAAGCUGAAUGUGAUCAAUCAUUAUUUCUGUGAUCUUCCUCCACUCCUGAAACUCUCUUGCUCUAGUACUGACAUCAAUGAAUUGUUGAUUCUGUGCUUUAGUACGUUUAACAUUUGUGCCCCAAGUCUCCUCAUCCUUACCUCCUACAUCUUCAUCAUAGCCAGCAUCCUCCGCAUUCGCUCCACCUCGGGCAGGUCCAAAGCCUUCAGCACCUGCAGCUCCCACCUCUCAGCUGUUGCUGUGUUCUUUGGUUCUGCUGCGUUCAUGUACCUGCAGCCCUCAUCAGUCAGCUCCAUGGGCCCAGGGAAUGUGUCCUCUGUGUUUUACACCAUUAUUGUUCCCAUGCUGAACCCUCUGAUCUACAGCCUGAGGAAUAAGGAUGUCAGUAUCGCCCUAAAGAAAAUAUUAGACAGAAAAUUAUUCCUGUGA